AUGGCUCUUACAAAGGAGCCCUAUUUUGGCCUCACUGGGGGAUGGCUCACAUUAUGGCUUACAAUAGCCUGUGCUACUGAUAUGAUGUUGUUCGGAUACGAUCAGGGCGUUUUCAGUCUGUCCCAUUAUCAUCCUGUUUCAUCCUUUCACCUUCAUACUGACGAACUAUCUCCCCCAGGCGGCGUCGUGGUAACACCUAAUUUCCUCGAAGUUCACGAUUUGGUUGGCCCUACCAAGACAACAGUUCUCUCAACGGUUGCUGCAAUUUACGACAUUGGAUGUUUCUUCGGCGCCAUACUUGCGUUCACCGUGGGACAGAGACUAGGUCGGAAAAAGUCUAUUCUCUUGGGGACAGUCAUAAUGGCAGUUGGCACAAUUCUACAGGCGUCUUCUUACAGUCUUCCACAGAUGUUCGUCGGUCGAAUCGUGUUAGGUCUCGGCAAUGGUAUCAAUACUGCCACGGCUCCUAUCUGGCAGACAGAAACAGCACAGGCAAAGUGGAGGGGCAAGCUCGUCAUCUUGGAUCUUGGGCUCAAUGUUGGUGGCUACUGCAUUGUGAACUGGAUCAACUAUGGCCUCAGCUUUCGCGGAGGUGCCAUUGCAUGGCGAUUGCCAAUUGCUCUGCAACUCAUAUUUGUGGUCAUUUUGCUCGUCACAAUUCCAUGGCUACCUGAAUCUCCAAGAUGGCUUAUGAUGCAAGCCCGGGAAGAGGAAGCAAUGGAAGUCCUUGCCUGCGUCGAAGCCAAAGCUACCGACGAUCCACUCAUUAUAACUCAACGCGAUGAGAUUAAGUUCAGUAUUACCUACGAGACUCAGAAUGCGGUUCGAUGGUGCGACCUUCUGCGCCCAAGCAAAAGCAACGACACUACCAAGACCCUUCGGCGGCUGCUUCUUGGAGCUGGAACACAGGCGAUGCAGCAGUUCCAAGGCAUCAACAUCAUGAGCUAUUAUCUACCCUUGGUCCUCAUCAAUUCGGUCGGACUCUCCGACACAAUGGCUAGGCUUCUCACAGCUUGCAAUGCCACAUCUUAUUUCGUUUUCUCAUGCGCUGCUGCCUUGGUCGUCGAGCGCGUCGGCCGUCGUGGGCUGAUGAUGUUUUCUGGAUUUGGCCAGUUCCUCUCCUUUUUGAUCAUUACAAUUCUCCUCUACUUGGCCGAGACAAAUCCCGUGUACGCUUCCGCCUCGGUCGCCUUUUUCUUCUUGUUCCAUGUGGCAUUCGGGAUGGGUAUGCUGGGAGUUCCAUGGCUUUACCCAACUGAAAUCAACUCACUUCCCAUGAGAACAAAGGGCGUGGCGGUCUCGACAGCAAUCAACUGGAUCACGAACUUUGCGAUCGUCGAAAUCACGCCAAUUGGUAUCCAAAGUAUCGGCUGGAAGUUUUGGAUUGUGUGGACUGUUCUCAACGCUCUAUUCUUGCCGAUCAUCUACUUAUUUUACCCCGAGACAGCGAACCGAACAUUGGAAGAUAUGGAUGCAUACUACCGUUCCAACCCCCCACUCAUCGUGGCGGGUGAUGCAGACGCGAUCUCGACAAAGAGACCACUUCAGUUCAUCUAUCAUGAAGACGAAGAGGUCCAGAAGAAUGCGAAGGAGGCUCUCUCUGAUGACAGAGGAUUCGCAGAACAUUUGAACUAG